AAACUCAUUGAUGUUGAACCCAUGACGACAUUUAACAAGCAUUGACACCUAUUGAGUAGGUGCUAUAUAUAUCCUUCCCCCGGGCCUCCCUUCUCUCCCUCGAGUAUCUCUGUCUCUCAACGUACACGCACCAUGAAUAAUCUCAGAAAACGAACUAGAUUCUUGGCCACUUUCUUGCCCAUUUCAGCCAUUGUCUUGGUGUUACUCUCCACCCAUUUGAAAAAGAGCCCCAAAACCAUAGACAAUCCCCACAUACACAUCCACAAACACUUCCAAGUAGCCCACUCAACAUGCCAAGGCACACUCUACCCUGACCUCUGCGUCUCAACCCUCUCUUCUUUCCCAGAUCUCAUCGCCAAAACACCCCGACAGAUAAUCUCGGCCACCGUAAACUACACAAUAUCCGAGGUACGAACCUCCUCCUCAAACUGCACCGGCAUUCGACAGAAGCUCAAGAAUCUCGACCCCCUUGGAAAGAGAGCUCUCGACGAUUGCCUUGAGCUCUUUGACAACACCCUUGCCGAGCUUCAUGCAACCAUCUCCGAUCUCUUCCAUAAGGAAUCAGACACCCAGAAUAAUUUCCAUAACUUGCAAACAUUUUUAAGCGCGGCAAUGACUAACCAGUACACGUGCCUUGAUGGAUUUGCUUAUAGCAACGUAAGUCAUGUGAGAGAAGUGAUCAAAAAGAGCUUGCAUAGUAUCUCUCACCAUCUAAGUAAUGCUCUCGCCAUACUCAAGAAAUCCCCCGGCGUUAACAAAUCCGAGUCCGAGGUAUACCCUGAGUAUGGAGAAAUGAAAGAUGGGUUUCCUUCGUGGGUUCCGGGGAAGGACAGAAAACUGUUACAAUCUUCAGUGAAGGGGACAAAUUAUAACUUGGUGGUGGCCAAGGAUGGAACCGGGAAUUUCACCACUAUCGGUGAGGCUGUGGCUGCUGCUCCAAACUCCAGCACAACCAGGUUUGUGAUAUACAUAAAGGCCGGUGCAUAUUUUGAGAAUGUAGAGGUUGAGAGGAACAAGACCAAUUUGAUGUUCAUUGGAGAUGGAAUUGGAAAGACGAUUGUGAAAGCAAGUAGAAAUGUGGUUGAUGGGUGGACUACAUUCCGUUCAGCCACCGUAGCUGUGGUGGGCAACGGAUUCAUAGCCAAAGGUAUCACCUUCGAGAACUCUGCAGGGCCAAGUAAACACCAAGCCGUGGCCUUAAGGAGCGGCGCAGAUCUCUCUGCCUUCUACAAAUGCAGCUUUGUAGCCUACCAAGACACUCUCUAUGUCCAUUCCCUCAGACAAUUCUACCGUGACUGUGACAUCUAUGGCACAAUCGACUUCAUCUUCGGAAACGCUGCAGUUGUUCUCCAAAACUGCAACUUGUACGCCCGGAAACCUGAUGAAAACCAGAAAAAUAUUUUCACUGCCCAAGGGAGAGAGGACCCUAACCAAAACACUGGCAUCUCAAUCUUGAACUGCAAAGUUACUGCUGCUUCUGAUUUGAUUCCAGUGAAGGCAUCCUUUAAAACUUACCUAGGUCGUCCUUGGAGGGAGUAUUCUAGAACUGUUUUUCUCAAGUCAAACAUUGAUGAUUUGGUUGACCCAGCUGGGUGGUUGGAAUGGAAUGGAACGUUUGGAUUGAGCACCCUUUAUUAUGGGGAAUACAUGAACAGAGGUCCGGGUUCAAACACAAGUGCAAGAGUCACAUGGCCUGGUUAUAGGGUCAUCAACAGCUCGGCCGAGGCAAGCCAGUUCACAGUAGGGGCAUUUAUACAAGGAAAUGAGUGGCUGAAUUCUACUAGUGUUCCUUAUUAUCUCAAUUUGAGUUACGUUAAGCCAGAAAAUUAUAAUAUUGCCUCCUGAUUAUUUGCUUUAUUUGUAAUGUUAAGAAGCUAUAUGAUUGAAUUACAACAAUCAUUUAUAUGGGUUUGUAUGAAAGUACUGAAACUUCUCUGGGACAGAUUCCGAUGUUGAGCAGUGAUCAAGGAAGGAGUAAAGUUUCCAUUAUUCAGUA